AUGAUCACAGCUGCGCCUGCUCAAAAUGCCCAAAUACACCCAAUCGAGCUCGCUCGACCUCUCACGUCGCUCGCGGAAAGUGUGUCCAACUCGAUUGCACCCCUGUAUUCGCUCCAUAUUGCGCUGGCGCAAGCAUACGGAGAGAAGUCCCAACAAGUCCAGUUAUUUUCCAAAUCCAAGAAGAUCAUUGGCGCCGAGUGGGAGUCCUGGCUGUCGUUUCUGCGGGAGUGCAUAGGGUAUGCUCGAAAUUACAUCGCUCUAUGCCAAUCUCUGCAGACCGGCAGCCCCAUGCAUCACGAGAGCCUCACCCAUGCGAUUAUCUCGCACCUUCAAAAAAUAUGUAGCGACAUUGAGCGCUUGAGAAAAUCGUACGCCGCGGCUGUCGAACAAUUCGCUUCUUUGGCCCAGACCUACAAUCCACCAAGUCGGACCACGACCAACCAUGGUCGUUCCAAAACUCGGAGAGGCCCCCCACGGAUCAACUUGCCCGUUAUUCUUCAAGCCUUCGCGGUUACGAUGAAAACCCUACGAACGUCGUCCACACAUCUUGGUGUUCUGUCUGCGUUUUGGGCGGAUCACUCUUCUCGAUUGUUGAAGAUGUCAGCGGCCACAAACUCGCUGAAGGCUUUCGUACAAAGCGGGCGCCUGCCCUCGGAACUCGCCACGUGGACGAAAUUCCAUGAAGCUCUUCGUCAGACGUCCUCCAACAUCACCUCUUAUUGCGAUGCUGCCGCAGUCACGCCUAUCAUACCCUCCGGAAAACUAGGAAAGGCCACAGUGAACAUCAGUUUCAGCAUGGAUUGUAAUGCGACACCUCUAGAUGGCUCAGAGAGAUCAAAGAUACAAGAAGCAGGCUACUACGAAGUCUUGACGGCCCCAUAUCAAUACAAUAUGUCCGACCUCAUUAAGCUCACAAUGGAAAUUCAGAAGGGGGUAGAAAGGUUCGCAUCUGAAUCCCGCCAGACUCCCAAAGGCUUGCCGUAUCCUCUCCAGUCCCAGAUAGAUAAAUAUAACUCUACUGUGCCGGAGAUCGAGAAGAUCGCCGUCGUUGGUGCAGCUUUCUAUUCCCUCGUUCAAGAAUUGGGGAAGAAGAACGACGCAGCGAUCGCGUCUUCUUUGCUGAGUCAUGCGAUGACGGAGAUUGCAGGUCGCUCGGCCAGGGAAGAUCGAUCGACCACAGAAAAGCAAGGACCAAACACGGGGAUGCUCCAGGACUUUGUCAGCCGUCUACAGCAACUUAUACAGAGGUUGAUUGAUCUCGACCACUUCUGGUUUGGAUUGCUUGCUGGCGUUGAGUACCUCAGUGUCAAAGGUUUGAUUGAUGUGACCGACAGAAAUGGUCAAAAUGUCGUUUGGGACAGGCAAAGGGUCGAUUACGAACGAUAUAAAACCCAGGUGCAAAGUCGCGGACUGUCUUCAGGGGAGGAGGAACGUUUUUCGAAAGGCUGGCGUAGAUUUUUCUGCCUGGCCUGA